CGCCGCCUCCAUAUAUGCAGCACGAGUCAGUUAGCAAGUGUGUGGAAGCAAGAGAGAAGCGCUGAGCUAGGUUUCUCGAAGAGGGGAUCUACUUUUACACUCAAACGAGUUAAAUCCAGUUGUGUUUGUUUCCACGCCCGCAUUACAGGUUUGAAUUAUAGCCUGGAAGCGCGAAACGUCUGAUUCUGCGCACUGACGACCGGUUUUUUGACAUUCUAAAUCAUAAUACUCACCGACAUACCGAAUAAGAAGAACACACAUUAAUUAAUUACAAACCUGUGUCACUGAUUACGGAACACCAAGCCUAUCGCAUCUCACAGAUAAGCCAGAUCAAGUGACGUUUCGUUAUCAGCUUAUCUCCCGAGAUGCGCCUCUUCGGCUGGGACACGUGGAGGGGGUCAUUCCGUGGGCAGCCCUCGCCCAGUGACCUCGAGACCUGCGCUGACCUCGAAGAAGAGGACAUGAACCUCACACCUGAGCGUCAACAGAUCCUCAGCCAGUUCCGGGAGAGGGUCUCCAGCCUGCUCCCGCCGGGCCAGCAACACGACCAUGACCUCCUCCAGUGGCUCGUGGCGAGGAACUUCAACCUGGACAAAGCUGAGAGUAUGUUGAAGAAUGUAAGUAUGAAAUGCAUAGUUUACGUGUAUUUCACAUUUACGUGUAUUUCUCAUUUAUUUUCUCAUUCUUAAUGUGGCUUCUCAUAUUUCUUCUGCGGUGGAGAGAGACAAUAUGAUCUCUGAGGGAAC